AUGUCUAUGUCUUCUCCUUCCUCAGCUGUUUUUUCACCGGACCACCUCUCUCCUUCCGAGCAUCUCUGCUAUGUCCGUUGCAACUUUUGCGAAACCAUACUUGCGGUUAGUGUUCCUUACACAAGCUUGUUCAAGACCGUAACUGUCCGAUGUGGUUGCUGUACCAAUCUUCUCUCGGUGAACAUGAGAUCUCUUGUCCUCCCAGCUUCUAACCAGCUCCAGCUCCAGCUCGGUCCUCACUCUUCUUACUUCAAUUCCCAGAAUAUUCUGGAGGAGCUGAGAGAUGCACCAUCAAACAUGAAUAUGAUGAUGAUGAAUCAACAUCCUAAUAUGAAUGACAUUCCAUCUUUCAUGGAUUUCCAUCAACAACACGAGAUCCCUAAAGCACCACCUGUUAACCGCCCUCCAGAGAAAAGACAGAGAGUCCCAUCCGCAUAUAACCGAUUCAUCAAGGAGGAGAUCCAACGUAUCAAAGCUGGUAAUCCUGAUAUAAGCCACAGAGAAGCCUUUAGUGCUGCUGCCAAGAAUUGGGCCCACUUCCCCCACAUACACUUCGGGCUCGUGCCAGACAAUCAACCCGUGAAGAAAACCAACAUGCCCCAACAGGAGGGAGAGGAGAACAUGGUGAUGAAAGAAGGGUUCUACGCUCCUGCGCCCAAUGUUGGUGUGACUCCUUAUUAA